AUGCCUCCCACCAAGUUUGACAACGCUGAGUGCGCCAAGCUGCAGCGCGAGUCGCUCAACUGCCUCAUCAACAACGAAGACAACAAGAACGCGUGUCAGACCUUCUUCGACCGCUACAAGCAGUGCCUGAAGGACCGUCGCGAGCGCGAGAUCGCUGAGCGCAGGGCGCGACUCCGGGGAUAAGCAGACAGCUCAAGAGAGUUAACGCCCAACCAGUGCGAG